AUGUCUGGCCGACAGCCCGAAUGUCCAUACUGCGCCGGAGCGACCGCUGCGAGACAGGAGAGGGGCAAAAGAGCAUUGGGUGUCGGUAAACUGAGGCCAGACAUUGUCCUCUACGGCGAAGAGCACCCAAACGCCCAUCUUAUUUCUCCCAUAGUCACCCACGAUCUCGGACUCUCGCCUGACCUACUCCUUAUUCUCGGCACCUCUCUCAAAGUUCACGGCCUCAAGGUUCUCGUUAGGGAGUUUGCCAAGACUAUCCACAGCAGGGGCGGCAAAGUGGUCUUUGUCAACUACACCAAGCCUCCAGAGAGUUCAUGGGGAGACAUUAUUGACUACUGGAUCCAGUGGGACUGCGACGCGUGGGUAUCUAAUCUAAAGGAGAGAAUCCCUCUGCUUUGGCUACCACCGGGCACCAAGUUGCCCAAGAAGAAAAAGGAAAGCAGUGACAAAUCAAAGAAACGACAGGGCAUCGUAGAGGAAGGGUUAAAACCAAAACCAGAGUCAUCAAAGUCAUGCGAGAACGCCCCAGCGACAUCGCAGCCGGAAGUGGCUGUCAAGUCUGAGAAGUCUUCCAGUACCGUAUCGCCCGAGGCGACAAUACGAACUCCGCUGCCGCAGAUGAUGCCCAGCUCAGACACGGCAGCCGAGCCAGUCAAGACUGAAGCUGUCCGCAAGAAGUCAACGAAGCACAGGGGCGAGGUCACCAAGGUUACCGCCCCCAAGGCUGCACCUCGUCGACCGAUGGCCGUUCGUGAUGACACGACCAAUGCUGUGUAUGUCAUGUUAAAGGUCAUGGCCGAGCUUCGACGCAUCACUGGCAAUAUUUCGAUGCCAUCCUCUGCUGUGAGCCUCCGGGUCGAGAAGCCGAAACCCAGACGCACCAGGAAAUCUGCACCGGCUGUUCUACCACAGCCGUCGGAGCCCAACACUCCACACGUUGGCACAACCUUCAAGUUGAGACCAAGCAUGCCUCUAGUAAAGCAAGAGGCUCAACAGCCCGGACCGGUCCGUGACGCGAGCGAUGUCGUGGGAGACAUUACCAUGUCGGGCACUGAAGAGAACUCCAUACUCGCGGCCGUCAAGCUGAACCCUCGGACCCGGAAACGGAAGACGAUUGACGGCGAGGAAGUGUUUGUGCCCGGCAUGCCUCGGCCGACUCCUGCCGCCAAGGCUCUUCCCCGACCGACCCCGCAGAAGGGGAGAACGCCGUCGGCCAAGAACAGGGCAGUUGCGUCGCCCGUUUCGCCAAAGAUCCUCUCCGACAUUCGCCGAGCAUCACUGGAUUCGCUUACGCUGCCACCUCUCAGAACGAACGAGAAACCUGCUACGACGCCCAUGAAGCUGCAGCCCCUGGAGCCCUUUCAUUCUCCCGCAGGUCCUCUUUCAGUCAUGUCGCCCAACGCGCGGACCCGGCCUGACCCGAGGAUGGUCAACCCGUUCUUCAUGUCGGAUCCCCUCGUGUAUCAACUAACGCAGGCGCCUGGCUCGACGCCGCUUCAGGACCUUGGAUAUACGUCGCCGACGAGUAAGAAGCAGUCCCCAAGAGAGGCAGACGCGGCUAUGGCGCUGCAGGGCUUAAAUAAGGGAUAG